UCAGUGUGUCGUAAGGCGUCGUCAUGGCAGCAACAGCGUCGCGACGACCCUGAAGCAGUGACCGUGCAUCGUGAUACUGGUGAUUCACGAACAGUGAGAAGUGAACUAGUCUUUUCUGUAACCCCAUAUAAUAUUGCGAGCGAAGGGGACUGGGUUCGAAACUUAAGCCCGUGAUUAUCGGCCGUCGUAUUAUUGAUUCGGGAGAUUUUCGUUGCCAUGACGACAACACAAAUGCUGGAAUCCUGGACACCGUCCAGCUAGUCCCGUCUGUUCACGUCAAACAGGUUAUGUUCACGAUGAGGACCGAACAGCGCGUGCGUCGUAGUUGAGGCCUCAAAUGAUGGACUUAUGCUGUGUAGGGGCCGGGUGUGCGCCCUGGGGCUCCUGUUGACCUUAUACCUGGCAGGAGUCUUGCUUAUAUCCACUGUCACCCUGGAUGCUCAGCACAAGGGUUCCAAAGGAGGCGGGGACCGAUCUCAGGGAGGAACCGUGGUGGGGGGCGUCAUCAGGGUAGUGUCCAGACGCAACCGGUUGCAGUGGUGCCAGGCGUUGCGGUUCCUGGACGACCCGGGUCCCGUAGUGGCCCUGGCGUCAUUUCCCGGCAGCGGCAACACAUGGGUUCGUUACCUGUUGCAACAAGCCACAGGUAUUUACACCGGCUCCGUCUAUAAGGACUACGGUUUGCUCAAGAACGGCUUCCCUGCAGAGUCCGUGGUGAAUGGGUCCGUAUCGGUUGUCAAGACGCACGAGUGGGGGGCGGCAGCUCGACGGCCUUUCGACAAAGCAGUGCUCCUCAUCCGAGGACCGGGACCCGCGAUACAAGCCGAAUUCAACAGACAAAGCGGUGGUCACACCGGCUUCGCGUCUCCUGACAGAUAUCGCCGGAACAGGGGCAAAUAUUGGCAACAGUUCGUGGCAGACAAGCUGUCAGCAUGGCGUCAGACCAAUCUGGACUGGCUGCAGAACUUCACCGGUCCUAUGUACAUUAUGUUCUACGACCAGCUGCUGGGGGAUGUGACCACUCAUCUGCAAGGCCUACUCCGAUUCUUAAAUUUUAACGUGUCCGAGCAAAAUUUGGCCUGUGCCAUAGAACGUCGUGAAGGCAUCUAUCGACGCAAAAGGCGAGUUAUAAACUUCGACCCCUUCACAGCGGUAAUGAAGCAGGCGUUGCGCAAGGAGCAGGAUGCUGUGUUCGAUGCUGUUGCCAAUUAUCCGCAGAAAUCAGAGGCGACAUCUGUGAACGUACGGUGAUAACAGUGACAUCUGUAACGAAGCAAAUGACGAGCACCAGAGAGGCGUGGGCGUUGGAAUAUUGUGGAUAACGAUGACGAGGUUAUAGACGAAAAUGUAUUACUGUGGAAUAAUUCUGGAAGGUCUUGGAAGAGAAAGGACAAGAAUGCAGACAACCCACACAAGAGAAACUAUGGAUUGAAAGCAAUAACAGGAUGUUAAUAACGUAGAUAGAUUCAUAUAUUGUAAAUGAACGUCACUCGCUUUCACCUAAAAUAACUAUACGUGGUCUCUAACAGAUAUAGUAUCGAAAACGGAUCAUAGUAUAACUUGCAAAGUAUGACAGUUCUAGAAUAAUUUAAAAUUAACUUUCAUAAAAAUAAAAAUACUGUGUAGUUGAAUACUAUUGUCAGAUUUCGCCGAAAAAAGACGAGAAUUUUGUUACUCCGUGACAUUAAUAAGCGGGAAUUAUGAUCAUUUUAUUCCAGAAGAUGUCAAAAAGGAUGAUAACAGAGACAUGUAAUCAGAGUACCUUUUAAAAAGUCAUUGGUGGAAACUAGAGGAAGAAUCUCUCUUUGUAGAAAUAACAUUAGCCAGAAAACGAAAGAUGAUGUAUCGUGAGAAGAGUUGAGAAUGAGAGAUGUCAAAGUUACUGAAACUUAACUUUGUUAUCGAUGUUUUGCAUAAGAAUCUAAAGCAAUUUAAAUCAAAAUUUAAUUGAAUGUGUGUAAGAUAGUUGUUCGUCACACAAACAUAGAACAGGCUUUAUCAUAACAGUUAGAAGUUAGUAUUAUUUUGUACAGUCUGGCUUUCGUUAGAAGUAUUCGUUCUGGAACUUCUUUUAACAAUAAUUUUGUCUCUCAAAUAGGCCUACAGUGUGGCUACAAAAGAACAGAAUUAAAAUCUCAGUACAGUAUUUGGUGCUAAUGAAAUGAAACAGAAGACACUACUGACAAUUUCCCUUUAAACCCUUCAGAAAUCGUUGUCUCUGUUUCGAAACACGCUACAUACCUUAGAAAGAAUUUGCCGUUCAUAUCAAUGUGUGUUUGUUAUGUGGUAUAGUGCGAUGUAUAAUUAAUUUCUCCUCGAUUAUCCUAGCUCAUACGGUAAGGCAAUAACGUGGGUAAGUGAUACCCAAAUAUCUUUGUACAAUAAUGUCCAUAAAAUAAACAAUACAGUGUCUCGUUGG